GCUCCUCCCGCGGGAGGGACCGGUCCUCGCCGGCUGGAACCCUGAGUAAUCGGAUCCUGUUGCCGGGCUGCCGCGGGGAAGCUUUUGGGCGUGGGACCGCGAGAAGCUGCUUGUAAACAGAGCCGGGCCGGGAUGGUCGGCAGCCGGAGCGCAGCCGCUGGCGUUGAGGAGGGUGGGCUGCCUGGGUCGGGGUCCUGCCGGGGAUCCGCUGCAGGCCGCACGGGCGACAGGACCAAAGCCGCGGAAAUUGAGGAUUGGCGAUCCAUUGCUUUGGCAAACACUGCCCUGCUGUCUUCCUUGAGCUCCCUGAGUACUAGCUCCCCAUCCUCCUGUGCUCAGUCUCCUCCAGGCAGCCCGAUGAAGAUUGCUUCCUCUUGUUUCCGCAAUUGCAUUGCUGAACCACCUCUCUUUGUUGGCUGAACGCUCAUGACACCUCUUCCCGAAGCAGUUUAGAAGCGUGGACCCUGUGUCAUGGAAGCUUUGGAAGUAGAUGACAUCAGCCCCGCCUUAGAGGUUACUGAAGAUUUCUUUAGUACUUUUGACAGUAAGCUGGAAAAGGCUGUACAACAAGCAGAGGUUUAUGGGAUCCAGGAAGUCCCCGAACUGGUGGGGCAUGAGGUACUCGGUAACAUAACGGACACUGGUGCUUUAAGAAGCGUUGCUUCCCUGGGCAAGGGGACAAUGAUCUGGGACCACUGUAAGAGCAGGCUUCUAGAAACCAAAGCUCAAAAUGUCUUCCCUGCCAAAGAACAGCUUAUGGUCCAGAGAGGGACAGCCCCAGAUAACCUUUCCUGGAUGGAACAAAAGGAAGCGUCAACCUUCAACUUUUUUAACAUCUGUCAGCGUCGAAGGGACAGACCUCGAUCCGUGAAUGACUUACUGGAUGAGACCACGACUUUCAAGCCAGGCCAUGCUCGGUCAAGGUCCGAUGUUACCCAUGUAGACUGGCGAGUAAUCCUUAGCACCAUGCCUUUGCAGCAGCAGCCGCAGCAACAGGCGUCCCUUCAAGGCCCUCACUUUCCCAGGCCAUCUUUUCUGUUGUCUUCACCCAGUAAGGUUGAAGAUGCUCAAGGAAAUACAGAACACAAGCAGACAUUCCCAAACAUACUGAAGAAGGGUUAUCUAGAGAUCAGGAAGAACCAUGACAGUUACUGGCAAAGCUGUUAUGCAGAACUCUCACCCUACAACUUAAACUUCUACAGCCUUGAUAGCAGCGGGAAUCAAAACCUCUAUGCCACAUACCAGCUCUCCCAGUUCCAGAGCAUAUCUGUUUUAGGCAAUCUUGAGGCCAGGAUGGUAGACACUGUUCUCUAUGACAAUUCUCAACUGCAGCUAAAGGCAGAGUCUCCGUGGGAGGCAUUGGACUGGGGGCAGAAGCUCUGGGAAGUCGUGCAUGCUGCUGUGCCCAAUUACAUGGGACGGCAGGACGAGAUGGCAAACUCUCCAGGACUUGGUCAUCAUAUUGACUGUGCACAGAACCACUGUUUACAGAAGAAACCCAGUGGGCUGUUGGCUUCCCCUGUCUUGGAUAGCCCCAAACAGUACCAAAACAUCCUCAAAUCAGGGACACUCUAUAGACUAACUGUCCAAAACAACUGGAAGGCCUUCACAUUUGUGCUGAGCAAGGCCUAUCUUAUGGCUUUCCACCCUGGCACGCUAGACGAAGAUCCCCUGUUGAGCUACAAUGUGGAUGUGUGUCUGGCUGUGCAGAUAGACAACCUGGAUGGUUGUGACUCUUGCUUUCAAGUCAUCUUUCCCCAGGACGUCCUCCGCCUCCGGGCUGAGACCCGACAGAGGGCUCAGGAAUGGAUGGAGGCCCUGAAGACAGCAGCCAAUGCUGCAAGGAGUUCUGAGCAAAACCUGCAAGUCACACUGAGGAGCAAACCCAAGGAUCAGCUAGGAGGCCACGAGCUGCGGAAGAACAAACGCCAGUCUGUGACCACCAGCUUCCUGAGCAUCCUGACCACACUGUCUUUGGAGCGAGGACUCACUGCUCAGAGUUUCAAAUGUGCAGGGUGCCAGCGAUCUAUUGGUCUCUCUAACGGCAAGGCCAAGGUGUGCAAUUACAGCGGGUGGUACUACUGUAGCAGCUGCCACGUGGACGACAGCUUUCUCAUCCCAGCACGCAUAGUUCACAACUGGGACACCUCAAAAUACAAGGUGUCCAAGCAGGCCAAGGAGUUUCUGGAGUAUGUGUACGAAGAGCCCCUGAUCGACAUCCAGCAGGAGAACCCCAUGCUGUACCUUCAUGCUGAGCCGCUGGCCACCGUUGUACGGCUGCGACAGCGGUUGAAAUCACUCCGAGCCUAUUUGUUCAGCUGCCGGGCAGCAGUGGCUGAGGAUCUGCGCAGAAGAAUUUUCCCCCGAGAAUACCUCUUUCAACAGAUCCACCUGUACUCUCUCGCUGACCUGCAGCAGGUGAUAGAGGGAAAGCUGGCUCCAUUCUUGGGCAAGGUCAUUAAAUUCGCCACCGCGCAUGUCUACAGCUGCAGUCUCUGUAGCCAGAAAGGGUUCAUCUGUGAGAUCUGUAACAAUGGCGAGAUCCUCUACCCCUUCGAGGACAUUUCAACAAGCAGAUGUGAAAGCUGUGGAGCCGUCUUCCAUUCUGAGUGCAAAGAAAAGUCUGUGCCCUGCCCACGGUGUGUCCGACGGGAGCUGCAGAAGAAACAGAAGUCCUUCUGGAGGCAGCUGAAUGUGGACGAAAGCCUGGAGGAGGCAUGCACCAUGUUCGAGCUGUCCUACCAAAACACCUGACCACAGGCCAGGCUGCACUCCCACAGCCACCCAGAGGGCUGCUCAGGCCCAUGCAGAUGAGGCUGUCCUUCCUCAGCUAGAUGUAGAUAGAUACGUUAUUUAUUUAUAUUAGAUACACCUAUACGUCCUGUACGUAUGCUUUGUAUAACUCACUGUCCAAGAAGUCCACGAAGAUCCUGUGGCUGAACUCCUACGGAUAGCUGAGUUACACUUGGCCACGAAAUCCAGCUGCUUGCUCCCAGCAAAUGUGACGCACACACAUUGCUCUGUAGUCCCAGACCCCUUUAUGCACACUGGCUCUAAGGGCCAGUCUACUGCACAGGUAUUGGAGGAAACAUCUCUCGAAGCAAAGCUUGGCAUUGUUACUGAGAUUUAGCCCUUGCUGGGGAAACUGGGGUAAGAACCAUUGUCAUCUGUUUCACAUGGACAUCCCUAAAACACAAGAGUGUUUCUGGAUACUUCCAGGCCCCAGAGUCCUUGGCAGAGAUGGGAAGAGUGAAGCAGAGCCACGCAGCAGAAAGCCAGAGGGCCCCUUCUUAAAGCAUGCCUGACAGAAAGCAUCAGGAGCAGAGCUACCCUGGGUUUGAACUUAGUCCCUGAAAAGAGUACAGAAAGUGAGGACCUCAGGGGCCAAUCACUGCAUGUCGUCCGUCUGUCGGCUGGUCCAAAGCCCAGCACCUCCCUGAUGAUGAGGCUCCAUGAUGCCUGCCAGAGAGUGCACACGGGUGCCCUUAGAACAGUUUUCCAAGCAUGGAGUGGAAGACACUGGGCAUGAUUUUCAUGGUGCUGCCCAGGAGGAAAUGCCCCAGGACUGCGCUCAAGCAUAUCAGUGCAUAAUCUGCUAGAUAGAGUUUACUGCACGAAUCUUGGAGGACACGAUGUCUCCUUUCCCAGAGUCCUCCAUGGCAGUGCCCACCUGCCACUUGAAUGUUUUAGUUCUCCUUGUCCUUCACAGCACUUUUCACCUUUAUCCAGUCCACGUAACUACUCUUGCUUUUGUAUUCUGGGUAUUGUGUUUGUUUGGGAUGGGGGCAUAUUUUAGAACAGGGUCUUGCUGUAUAUCCCUGGCUGGCCUCAAACCUGUGAUCCUGCUGCCUCAUCCUCCAAAUGCUGGGAUUACAGGUGUGUACCACCAUACCUGGCUUUACUUGUUUUAAUUAUUUUUUAAAAAUAUUUAAAAGUAAAAAUUAUAUAAUUAUUAAAAGUUAUUAAGAAGUAACAUUUUGAAAAAUACACACCUAAACUAUUAAGAAAAUACCAAACAUAAGUAGAAUUAAUGAAUUAAUAUUAUUGAAAUAAGUAGAUAUAUACAUAUAUAAUUGCCACCUUACAGUAACAAAAGAGUAAGUAGUGUGGUAGGAAUGAGAAGUGGAGGGUAGUGUACUCCCACUGGGACCCCCUUGUAAGAGCCUGUGUAGAUCCCCUUGUAAGAGCCUGUGUAGUUGGCACUGCGACCAAGAUGGCUGCUUGGAAGGCACUGAGACGCUGACGGCCAGCAUUCUUUCUUCCUUAGCUCUUUCCAAGGCAGGAGAAUGGACUCACCAGGAAGUGCUUGUUUGUGUCUUUCACAUGGAGCUGGUGUCCCAUCGCGCCACCCAUGCUUUUGUCCUUUCGGAUUUUCACCAAUGUUCAGAUCAGGGGAAACACUGGCUCACAAAGAAUGCGGCAGUUCAACUCCAAGUUGCUCCCACAGGCACCAGCUUGAUGCUUCUGUCCAGUAGGAGACAUUCAGCUGACUUGUGCUGUUGGAGGCAAGCAUUUCACCUCUUGGCUUACACCAUUUCCUUUGGCCCCAGACCAUGCAGUUGAACGCCACACGUGUGCUCAUUUCCUAGCUACCCGGAAGCUAUAGCCAAGGCGUACAACUUGGUAAGAGGCCAGCCAAUAGAGGUCUGUCUAUUUACCACACACCUCACGGGGCCUUUUAUAAACUCUUGGGAAGGCAGGUUGACUCACGGAGCGAGUGGUAGGGAAUGUUGCACAUAAAGGACAAGGGUGGGAAGUCUCAAACACUUGGCAAAACAGGCAAACAGAUUUGAGUGUCUCUCUUCCUCCUCCUGUUCGUGAAAUACAGUAUUUAUAUUUUCCAGCCUCAGAGAACAGAACAUGAUCUUUCACUGGAGAAUUCUAGACCUGCUUAUUAUGAAACAGAUGUGCUCCCGUGGCACAGUGCCUUCUUUCUCCACUCCCAAUCCCUGUCACCGUAGCUUACUCUUGACCUUUGCUGAAAUUAAUGUAUCCGUGAUUUUGGCUGUCAGAGACCCCACUCCCAGCACACUGAACACUGAGAGCUGAAGAACAGAGCCCCAGACCCCAGGUUGGCCCCGUGUCCCGCCCCAACUCACAGGUGCCCAAGAUCAGACCUAAUAAAAGCCAAGGGUGAAAUCCAGAUCCUUGCUCAACACACCUGAGUGGCCCCCCACUGUCCCUUAGAGGGCCCUGCUGUGUGUGAGCGGACCUUGGAUGCUCCUAAGACCUUUCCCCGGACAUUGCUUUGCGUUUAUUUUUUUAAAGGGAAAGAGAUAAGCACGCUGUCAUUCAUGAUCUGGAACUGAAGCAGUGUCCUACUACUUCUGUUUUCAUCUAUUGUACAUCCCCGCUAGUCUGGUCCAUGCCAGCUCUGGGCUCGCAACAGCGAUCUCUGCCACUACCACCUGAAUCUGAUAGGACACCGUGGAGCCAGCUCAGGAGUUGGGUCUGCCAUGAAAAUUCAAAAUUGCUAUUUCCAGCCCAGAAUGCCUUAGAGUGCAUGAAGGCCCUUACUGUUUUCUGGUCUAACAAAUUACUUAGUGCAGUGUAAGGUAAUUGUUCCACUGCUUAGAAACCAUCGAAACAAAAGCAAGCCUGUGGAUUUCCACCUCCUUUUUUUUUCAUCUCAGUAAAUAUCGUCCACGUAAAGCAUAAUGGAAAAUGGCCCAUUAAUCUCCUGGAACUGCUAGCAAAGCCCAGGGAACUGCUUUUCACUAAACAGCCCAUUCCCUGGUGUAGCACAAGAAUUCCCUCCUGCUAGUGCCAGAAACUCAUGUGUGACACCAUCCAGCCUGGGGGAAGUGCUGGCACCCAACCCCACCGGUAAGAAGCCAGUUCCUAAAAUAGACUUGCGUUUGCACCGCAGUAGGAAGGCCGCAGGGUGCUCCAAAGGCAGUCAGCUCUGAUGGGAGUGGGGUUCUUUCCAGGGCUGCCUGUUCCCAGAGUUGGAAGCAGCCUCAUCUGAAAACCGUGUACACUCUCUGUCUUCCCUUUGGCUUCAUGUGCUGAAUAACAGCCAUCUUUUGGGAGUUUUCACAUUGGAUGAGCUGGAAGGUUAACUGCUUCUUGAUUCUUCUAUAAUAGACCUCUACAAAAAAAAAAAAAAAAAAAAAGAGUGUGUGAUUACAGUGCCUUGGGAUUCACAGGUUCCAAUACAGUCUCAAAUAGGCCAGUGUUGCGAUUCCCCUCAGCUGCCCCAAAACAAAGGUGUCUGUGCCACUCUGUCACUCUGGCUGAGUUACAGCACACCCUCGCUGAGGUCUGGCCUCUGUCUCUGCCUGUCACGUGUGCACGCUGAACGUGAGCACUGACAGGUUGCUUUCUCCACCUCGUCUAGGAGGCUUGGCUUCCAGCCCUGCAAAUUCAUUCUCUCUCUGUGGGCCAGAAAUCUCCAGACACAAACUACCUAUGAGAACAGGACCACAGAGAUGCCGCACACACACUGAACACCAACAGCUAAGCCUGCUGCCAUCAAGGAAGUAGUGACACAUUCUGCUGCUAGUUCCGGUCGAGCCUGCCCUCUCACCCCGCAGGUCAGCCCUCAGUCUUCUCCCAUGCUUUGUUGAAAUAACCAGAUUAGGAACUAGUCUUUGACCCUUCGUUGGAAUACUGCCUGGUUCCAACACAGACUAUUUUGUUUUGUUUGUUUCUUUCUUUCUUCUGGUAAAUAGAGACGUGUGCAGUAUUGUUUUGGGAGUUGUCUACACUACUUUUCAUCUUCUGAAAUAAUGUGAGGAUGUCAGGAGUUUGAGACGAAAGGGGAGAAGCUAGCCCUUAAUUCCUUGGCCACUUUCUCCUGGAGCCCCUGGCCUUUCUCCCUAUCUGUUCCUUGGUACCAACUUGGUAGCAGUGGUGGGCAUUAGGAACUUGGUUCACUGCUCUACCCUGCCAACUCACCAGACCCCAGGAUACUACUAGUUACAUGACUAAGCCCCUCAGCUAACCUAACCCAUGCCGAUCUCUGUCACAGGGACAGUUUCUUGACAGUUAAAGUCUCAGUACCCAGUAGUCUCUCUCUGUAGGCACUUCUAUCCUUUCUUUGGGUUCAAAACUCUGACUAGAGAAUUUUCUUUCUGGUAUGUUUUAGUAGGUGCGGGACUAAAAUAAAAUACCUACAUCACCGUAAAAUUCUAGGUGAAAGGGAAAAUGUAAAUGAGCCUCUCCUGCGGCCGCAUGUUUUAUGUAAGAUGGGCUCCUGGUGACCAUGGAAUGUAGCACUAUCUCCAUAAAAUAGUCUCUGGUGUGAUGGGAGGCACUAGAGAGUGGGACACAGGCUGCUCUGCUGGGGCUCUGCUCUGAGGGAAGAGAGGCGCAGGCUGCUGUCAUUUUUAGAAAGCUCCCUAGUGAAGCCACUUGUUUCCCAGGCCAGAUGAACAAGACACCUACAGCAGCUCUUCCACAGUUGGGUCCCUCUGGCCCGCCAAGGAAGCUUCAAUCCAGCCCUGGCCCCUCCCACGAUUCCCUUACCUGCUUGCUUCCUCAGCCCUGGGCCAGACUUGGGCCUCAUGCUGAUAAACCACCUAGUGAACAACCGGCCAGUGGCCCUUCCUUCUCACGGCUUUGUUUCCCUGUAGGAGUGCCUUAUAGUCUAGUCUAGUCUCUGACCCACUUGAAGCCUGCAGGACCCUUCAACCAACUAUGGAUCCCUUCGCACUUCCCUGCUGGCUCCUCUCCAGCGUACACAGCCCACCUGGAGCCUGUGUAUUCUGAGAUGCACAUCAGACCUUCCACCUUCGCUUAACCCGGUGCCUUAACUUCACAAGUAAAGGGAUUCACAUUGCAAACACAUGAUCUGAGUGAAACAUCAGUUUCUUCGGUGCCAUUGGCACUUUUACCAGGAAAUACAAUAGGUAUAAUCAUACAAUGUUUUGACCUUAUUUUAUGAUGUUUCUCAGCCACUCUUUGUUUGCUUGCUUUCAUUAACCAAACUCAGGGGAAUGUCACGUCACCACGGUCAAUGGGGAAAGAAACAAAACCAGCUACCCAGAAGUGAAUGUCAAGGUCUGUGAACUUAGGCUUUAUUGGGUUCAAAAGUGACACCAACAGGAGGACUUUUUUUUCCUUUGCUGUAUAAAGAUUCUCUUUACUUGCCACCUGUGUUCCACAUGGGAGGUGGGGUGCCUUGGGGAUGCGUGUGAAUGGCAGCAUCCCUGUGCACAGCCCAGGCAGUCCACCAAGCCGCUGGAUCAGGCCUUCACUGCAGAGUGCUCUGCCUCAAGUCACCUGUCAGGCUCUUACUGUAAACAGUUCUUAGCUGUCUCCAGGGAAUGGGAAAGGAGGAGGACGCCAAGACUGCAGGUGAGGAGCAAGAGUGUGAUGGGGAUAGUCCUGUACAGCUGGUUCUCAGGCUCCUGGAUCAGAUCCGAGUCAUUCCCCUUCCUUCUGCUCAUGCGGUACAGAGGCAAUCAGGAUCUGCAUUUGAGCUGUUCCUUCGCUCUGUUAGUUAUUCUUAAUAGCUAAUGUGCUAGUUCCUGUGGUCCCUGUUGUCUGGAUCUGAUUGCCUUUUUUGGUUAAUGUGUCCAUAUUUUUGUUUACAUUAUUUUUGAAGCUAGUAACUGUAAUAGUAUGAAAUCGAGGUUGUGCUCUUGAUGGGACAUCUCAUUUUUUUUUUUAUGGUUAUCUGUCACAUAAUUUAAGUACACCUGUUCCUAAUGUAUAAAGUUCUCUCCCUCUCAAUAAAUGACAAUGGAAAUACUCUCUC